ACCCGGCGCCACGCCCGCUGCAGGCCGAGGGCCAGUCACCCGCGGGCCGGCGUCCCGCAUCUCCUCCGCCGCCCCGCCCCUGCCCCACCGCGGGCGGGUAACGGUUACGAAGCACUUUUUCCGCUGCGAUUUCUGCUUAGUCAUUGCCUUCCAGGAAACGGUUCCCUCAGUUUGGAGCUAACUCUUUUGCGACUACUGGUACCAGGAGUCACAGCCACCAGUGCCAUCCUCUCGGGCCGCAGCUCCCCGCUUCCAACGCCGGGCCUCUCUCGGUUGGAGUGCAGGCCGUGCUCCGCCCGCGCGGGACCAGUAGCCUCGCGCUCGGCGCUCCGCUUCGGGCACCAAGUCCUACACAGCGACCACCCUCUCCUCCCGCCCGCAGUUUCCUCGCCGCUUCGGCCCUUCGAGUGGCCGCUGCCAUGGGCACCGACAGUCGUGCGGCUGGGGCGCUCCUGGCGCGGGCUCGUACCCUGCACCUGCAGACGGGAAACCUGCUCAACUGGGGCCGCCUGCGGAAGAAGUGCCCGUCCACGCAUAGCGAAGAGCUUCGAGAUUGUAUCCAAAAGACCUUGAAUGAGUGGAGUUCCCAAAUCAGCCCAGAAUUGGUCAGAGAGUUUCCAGAUGUCUUAGAAUGCACUGUAUCACAUGCACUAGAAAAGAUAAAUCCCGAUGAAAGAGAAGAAAUGAAAGUUUCUGCUAAACUGUUCAUUGUAGGAUCAAACUCUUCAUCAUCAACUAGAAAUGCAAUUGACAUGGCUUGUUCAGUCCUUGGAGUUGCACACCUGGAUUCUGUGAUCAUUGCUUCACCUCCUAUUGAAGAUGGCGUUAAUCUUUCCUUGGAGCAUUUGCAGCCUUACUGGGAAGAAUUAGAAAACUUAGUUCAGAGCAAAAAGAUUGUAGCUAUCGGUACCUCUGAUCUAGACAAAACACAGUUGGAGCAGCUGUACCAGUGGGCACAGGUAAAGCCAAAUAGUAACCAAGUUAAUCUUGCUUCCUGCUGUGUGAUGCCACCUGAUUUGACUGCAUUUGCUAAACAAUUUGACAUACAGCUCUUGACUCAUAAUGAUCCAAAAGAACUGCUUUCUGAAGCAAGUUUCCAAGAGGCUCUUCAGGAAAGCAUUCCUGACAUUCAAGCACAUGAGUGGGUGCCACUGUGGCUUCUUCGGUAUUCUGUCAUUGUUAAAAGCAGAGGGAUUAUUAAAUCAAAAGGCUACAUUUUACAAGCUAAAAGGAGGGGUUCUUAACUAUGAUUUAUGAUCAUAACCUAUUGACUUUGUCUUUUCCUUGAAUAUCAGAUAAAUCCAGGUGUGUAAAAAUCUAAAUGGUGUCUUUGAGGCAGAUAUUCUUUAGUUACAUUUGACAAUGUGUUGCCUAUCAAGUAUUGAAUACUUUUCUUGCCUUCAUAUUAAUUCACUCACAUGAACCAUUAUAUUGUUUUCACUCAACUAUUGUUUUCUAAUUGAAAUUGUCUAUAAAGAAAAUACUUGCAAUAUAUUUUCCCUUUAUUUUUAUGACUAAUAGAAAUCAAGAAAAUUGUUAGAUAUAUUUUGGCCUAUGUAUCAAGGUAAUGUAUAUACACAUAUUUUUUAUUUCAAAAAAAAUCAUUAAUUGCUUUACUUUAUUGUCUAAGCAAUUUAAUAACAGUUGUUAAAACUGAGAUACUGGAAGAUAUUUUUCCUGUCCUUGGUAAAAUAUUUCAUAGUAACUGGAGUCACUGGGAUCUACCAGUAAUAUAAAUAAAAUUCAUUUCUUCAAUACA